AAAUGCGGAAGUCCGUGUUUCCGACGGUCGCGAAAACCGUGGAUGUUUCAAACUCUUUUUCAAAGCAAAAUAUCGACAGAACUGGCUAUUAAUCGAGUCGGUUUAACGCUCGAUCGCUCACUAAAUGUUUUGGAUGCUGUUCUGUGAUCAGUUUGUAAGCACUUUAUAAAGAACAUCAUGAGUAAUUUUGCUGAUGAUAGCGAUUCUGACGUGGAUCGGAAUAGGAUGGACCGGCCACCCAGCAGUUAUGGCUCCAUGCACAGCGAUGAUCAAGAUGAGGACUACUUUGACGAUGUCGAACCACCACCCACAAGGGUCAGGCUUCAGCGGCCCGAUUCACCGGAGACUGCCAUUACUGAACGCACACAAACACACCAGUCCAGCAUACACCACAGUGGUGGAGUUUACCUCACACAACAACCCAUUACGCAAGAAGAAUUCCGCUCUCCUGCCCCUCCUACCAGAGAACCCACGAUCCUGGAUCAAUCUGAGCUGCAGAGCGAAAUCCGGACAGAAGCAGAGAUGGACGAAGAACCGAAUGACAGAGAGAUGGAUUUUCAGGAUCAGCAGAACGAAGGCUCUGUGAUGGAGGUGCAGGAGGAGCAGGCUGAGGCUACAACAGUUGAAGAUUUUGAUGAAAUUGUUGUGUACGUUGAAGAAAAAAAGGAUCCUCCUCCUCGUCCACCAGAGGGCGAGGGUCUGCACUUUCAGCAUACACACACCGCCUUCACUUUGCGCCAUGUGCUGAUGGCCAUGGUGAGUAGUCUCUCUCAGCUUCACCCUUCAGAUAUGGGCUAUUAUAAGCGCAGUCUGAGCACUCACUGCAGAUUCAAGAAGAACUAUGCCACAAUCAAGGAUCUGCAGGACCCGCUGGAUGUGGCCGAUAAGAUGAUUGAGAUCUGCGGACAGGGGGAAGCUUUGUAUCUCACCGUACGAAACCUCCAGAGCAUUGGUAGAGACGAUCUGGCUGUAAUCCUGAGGAAGACCUGUAGAAGAGUCUUACUACAACAUGACCUGAAAAUUGCCCACGACAGACGCUAUUACUCUCUUUAUGAAGGCCGCUGUCGUCCGGGUCAGCAGCGCUACAUUAGCGAUGUCUACGUUGAACCGGUAACUGUAAUCCAAGGCCAAAGAGAUGUCGUAAAUCUUGAGAACGAGGUCCGAAAGAUACCGUACACAAUCGAGGAGACCGCAAUCAGACCUGCUGACAUCUUCUGCCCCCUCCCUCAAGACCAAAAACCAAUCCGUACCAUCAUGAUGACAGGAGUCCCCGCCUGUGGUCUAACAGUGGCAAUCAGUAAGUUCAUUAUCGAUUGGAUGGAGGGAAAAACCAAUCAAGACUUUCAAUUCAUCUUCCCGCUGCCAGCAAAAGAUCUGAACUUCGGAAAGGAUAAAGAUCGUAGCUUCCUAGAGGUUAUCUCCUACUUUUUUGCAGAAGCUGAAAACAUUAAAUUCCUUGAGAAGGAAGACUGUUUGUGUCUCUUCAUUAUCGACUCUUUAGAGAUGUGCCAGCAUCCGCUGGACUUCAAAAAUAACAAAACUAUAACAAGCGCUAGAGAGCCAGCAACGUUUGAUGUUCUUCUUACCAGUUUAAUCAAAGGCACGUUGCUUCCUCAUUGCAAAGUUUGGAUUACUAGCCACGUCACUGAUGCCUAUCGAAUCCCUCCAAAUUUAGUCGACAGGUAUGUUGAGUUACGAGGAUGGACCGAUGAUAAAAAGGAAGAGUUCUUCACUAAGAGGACCCCCGAGCCGGAACUCGGGCGGAAAGUUUACAACCACAUGAAACGCUCCAAAGCCCUGGAGAUCAUCUGCCAUCUUCCUCUGUUCAGCUGGAUGGUGGCGUAUAUCUACGAGCGAGCAUUUCGAGAUCCUGAAUUUGGCAAACAUCCGCCUGGGAUUACGGCAUUUUAUUCACAGUACGUCGUGGUUCAGAUGAACCGCUCGUUCGAGAAGUAUCGCGGAUGCAACGUGGAUGCGCAAAAGUGGACUGACUUUGACAAGAACUUCACGGAGCUGAUGGGAAAGAUGGCGUAUCGGAUGCUUCAAGAAGCACGGGAUUGUUUUACAGUGGAUGAUUUGCAAGCUGUUGGUCUGAAAUACGAGGAUUUGAAAUGUCGAGAUGAAUUGACCACUGAAGUCAAGCGAGGAAGUGCCGACAUUAGGACGUGGGUUCUCAAGUUUGUCCACAUCACCGUCCAGGAGUAUAUCGCUGCUAUGUAUGUAUACGUGGCGUACAGGAAAAAUGGAAAGAAUGUGAUUGAACCGAACAAGAUGACGUCUUGGUUGGCGGGUUCAAAUAAGGAUCGCUCUGUCAUCGACUUGUACCGUCCUGCGAUCGACCGUGCGCUGGCUUCCCCGAAUGGACAGUGGGAUAUGUUUCUGCGCUUCCUGAUUGGAUUGGUGACUCCGGGAACUGAGGAGAACCUGCAUGGAUACCAGCUCAAUCACUACCAUCCCAAAGCCAAAGGCACGGAGGAUGUUCUCAAAUACAUCAAGAAGAAGAUGAAAGACAGCCUGAACCCGGACCGCUACAGAAACCUGGAGCUGUGUCUGGUGGAGCUGGAGGAAGGCAAAGAGGAGGUCCGGAGAUGAGGAGAAGCAGAGCAGCGACUGUAAAACACUAAACUAAAGUCAGUCAUGCAGAAUGGAAAAGUUGAAGGAGUACUUCAACAAAAGAUGAUUAUUCUGUUGUUCUUUACAGUACAUGGUUGGUCAUUGACACUUUGUUUAAAUGAGACGGCUUUGAAAUAGUUUUGAGGGGUUUAUGGAAGCUUGUUUCUGUUACAGAAUUUACAAAUUCUAAUCUCAAUAAUGUAUCUUACAAUUUAGACUCCAGGUGUACUUACACUAGGCUAUCCGAACCGUUUGACCCCUAUUUCCCGGUUCGCUUGACAAGUGUGAGUGCUCCGAAUCACGCACAGGCCUUGGCCCAGUUGGAAGAGGUCUGCCAGAGGGCAGUUCGGUUGGGCUUUGGCGUGGUACACUUGUAGUGUAAGUGCAAAGCGUGCCUGAGCAUGAAACUGAAGAUGCGACAUCACUUUUAAGGGACUGUUUCAUAUUGAUUUAUUAAUCUUUCUUACUUUAAUAAACUUUGAUAGUUUGCGUUCAUUGAAAAGACUCAAACCCCUUGCUGCACCUUCAGCAAACCUCCUAAUACCUGCAGCACGAGGACUUUCAUGAAUAUUUAUGAGUGUCAAAAGUUGUGGGUCUGUUCAGCAGAAGAUUUCACUCCAUCUCUGCAUCCCAAACGACUAAAUAUAAUACAAACCAAUAAUACUAAAGCAAUCACUAUUGUACGGAGCAAGAGCGCUUCUCAUCUGUUAACCGUUUAAGGUGCACUCCUUGAAAAUGUUUUUGGCCCACAUCUUAUAUUAAAUGAUAAACUGACAAAAACCUGAUAAAUAGUAAUAAGCAUUAAAAAAAAUAAUGAUAACCUAUGGAGUCAACCUGGUGGUUAUGAUGCCUGUUAAAGGGAUAAACUGAACAAUCGCCAGUUAUUAAAAAGAAAAAUGUAAUUUCCUGCAGUAGGAGAAGCCAGUGUGGGCCUUUUUUCUUGUUUAAUAAAUUAAGUUAUAACUGGAUUUUAGAGUUUUUUUAGAUAUAUUUAUAUUUAUUUAUAUAUAUAUAUAUAUAUAUAUAUAUAUAUAUAUAUAUAUAUAUAUAUAUUAAAUGAAGAAGUCUGAAAUAUUAGCCCCCCGUUUUUCCCCAAUUUCUGUUUAACGGAGAGAAGAUUUUCUCAACACAUUUCUAAACAUAAUAGUUUUAAUAACUCAUUUCUAAUAUCUGAUUUAUUUUAUAUUUGCCAUGAUGACAGUAAAUAAUUGACUAGAUAUUAAAGUGACAUUUAAAGGCUUAACUAGGUUAACUAGGCAGGUUAUGAUAAUUAAGUUAUUAUUUAACCUCCUAGGGCUUGAGUGUCCACAUACGUUGACAGCACAUUUUAGCUCUUAAGUGGCUAUUUAAAAUACUUUGUUUUAUAUUUUGUUACAGACAUACAGUGUCAUCCUGCAACCGUUUUGCAGCAUAUGAAAUGUCCCAAACCCGGGUGUCCAAAAUGGGAAAAAAUAUAGUUUUUACUCUCUGAUAGUCAAAGCAAGUUCAGAAAAAAUUCUAUGUUAAAUAUGCAUAAAAAAUUCGGGAAAAAGUGUUUUGUGUAAAUUCAGACCACGAGUCCAAAUUUGUGAGCAUCAUUUUUCUCUAAAAGUACAUCACAUCAAAAGAUAAUACCUAGAUUUUUAUUCUAACUAGGUUCCAAUAAGCCCAAAUAGCAAAGAGAAAUAAAAAAAUGCAUGUAAAAAAACACCUUGGGCCUUAAGAGGAUAACGAUGGUUUGUUCUGUAGACUAUCGGAAAAAUAUUUGCUUAAAGGGGCUAAUAAACUUGACCUUAAAAUGGUGUUUAAAAAAUUAAAAACUGCUUUUAUUCUAGCUGAAAUAAAACAAAUAAGACUUUCUCCAGAAGAAAAAAUAUUAUCAGACAUACUGUGAACAUUUCCUGCUCUGUUAAACAUCAUUUGGGAAAUAUUUAAAAAAGAAGAAAAGAAAUCAAAGGGGGGGGCUAAUAAUUCUGACUUUAACUGUGUGUAUAUAAAUAUAUUAUUUCCCUUGUCUCUGCUAUGUUCAAGUCAUCUGGUCAAAUUGUAUUUAUGGCAAAAAAUUUUGCAGGAAAAUAUAAUAUCGCAGUGUUAUUUUUUUGUUCCCAUAUCAUGCAGCCCUAAAACAUACAAACUCAAACUUUGUCUUAAGAGUGUUUUUGAAUUAGCAAAACAGUAGUUCUUGUUUCUUGUCAUAUAGCACUUUACUUUUUUUUUCUGUGUGGAUCCUAAUGCCCCAGUAUAUAGAUGGGGACGCUAUACUGCUCAGUGAGUGAUGUCUUACGGAUGAGAUGUUAAACCGAGGUUUUGACUCUCUGUGGUCGUUAAAAAUCCCAAAUCUGCCCCCUGGCCUCUGUCUAUCGUGGCCUCCUAACAAUCCCCCUACCAUAAUUGACUUCAUCACUCUGUCUUCUCUGCACCAAUCAGCUGGUGUGUGGUGUGCGUUUUGGUGUGUGUAUGGCUGCCGUCACGUCAUCCAGCUAGAUGCUGCACACUGGUGGUGGAUGAGGAGAUUCCCCCUCAAAAAAUGUGUAAAGCGCUUUGAGUGUCCAGAAACGUGCUAUAUAAAUCUAAUCAUUAUUAUUAUUAUUAUUAUUAUUAUUAUUAUUCAGCAUUAUCCUGAAUAAAAGCAAGUCUGUGAGCUUUCAUAGACAACAGAAUAGAUCAGUCAUUUUAUUUUACAUUAAAAUCUUUAAUUUUUAUGCAUUGAAUUUAGAAUCAGAAAGCUUUAUUAUCGAGUCUGUCUAUACAUGCGUGAAAUUUGUGUGACCUUAUUUUUUUAAUUUUUUAUUUAUUUAUGACUUUCAUAGCAAAUUACAGUAAAAAAAGAUGACAAAACAAAAAUAUAUUUCUAAUUAAAGUAUAAAUAAUAUCAACUUAAGCACACACAAUGAGAGAAAAAAACAAAACAAACACAUACCAACAAAUAGAAAUGUAAAUAAUAAUAAUGUGGCUUAACAAAAAACUACAAUUGUAUAAUCUGAAGCACACAAUACACUCUACUUUGCACUUAGGAAAGAAAGAAAAUCAAUUUGCUGGAACAAUAACUUGGUCUGUAGUUGACAAUAAAACAUGUUCUUGGAUAUAUUUCCUAAAUGGGUCCCAAAUUUUCUUAAUCUGGUUAGAUGAACCUCUAGACCAGUGUUUCCCAACCCUGUUCCUGAAGGCACACCAACAGUCCACAUUUUCAACCUCUCCCUAAUCAAACACACCUGAAUCAUCUUAUAACAUCAGAAGAGACUCCAACACCUGAAAUGAAUGGGUCAGAUAAUGGAGACAUCCAAAAUAUGUACUGUUGGUGUGCCUCCAGGAACAGGGUUGGGAAACACUGCUCUAGACAGUCUAAUUUUUUCCAACUUUACAAAGAAGAGGACAUCACGGAUCCACUGUGUUGGGCUUGGAGGUUUCUGAUCCUUCCACCCAAGCAAUAUUAGUCGUUUGGUGUGACCUUUAUUAACAGUGUAACACAAUGACAAUGACAGGACUAAAAUGGAUAAUAAAGGAGUAAAUGGAGGAUGCAAAAAUGUUGAAGUGUACAAUUGUGAUAAGUGCAUUUUUUUUGUGAUUAUUGUAGUAUUUCUGUGACAGAAAUGGGCUUCCAUAGAUUUAAAUGAGUGUACAUGAUAAAUUAGCAUAAGUGUGUAUUUAUUGGGAGAGUUUUCAGCUUUUCCUCUUUGGUGCUGCGAGCAGAGAGCAAAGUUAGCAUGUUUAGGUCAGUCUGACGAUAGUGAUGCCGGCUUGCUUUUCUAAUGAGUGAAUGAGAACAGACAAUAACAUUACUAAUGAAUAUUAAAGUGCACAUUAUUCAACAGACUGAAGAACUAUAUGCACUACGGAUCUGACGCAAUUUACACUUUAGUGGACGACAUGCUUUCAUUUGAUCUGUUUGCAAAACACAACUCAUCUUUAUUAACAUUUAUUACAGACAGUGUGGCCUUUUUUUUGUCUUUCUCUCCUGGUUUGAGUAAUCGUUAGGGUUGUAAUCAAAAUAUUGCUCUUCGGUUUCUGCAGAAUAAUGCGCUCCGUCAUUCAGAAAACUUUAAAUGUGAUCAACAGUAGGCCUGUCACGAGAUCUAUAUUUUGCUAUAUGAUAUAUUACACCAAAAUAUAUAGCGAUAAACGAUAUUAUUGUCAUUUUAUGCCAGUCAUUAUGCCAGAAUAACAAUAUAAUAUCAUCACAAUGCAAGUGCACUCUCUAAAGAACACAUCAUAUUUAAUACUGAAGAAUAUUUCAUUUAAUUAUAGUCAUUUUAACAGUUUAAUUAUCAGGCGUUGGAAUCUGAAUGUGAAAACGCAUAUCUUAAAUAAUAACUCUUUACAAGUUAAAAGUAACAGAGGCUGCGAUAUCAGCUAGCAGGUCUAUUUUCAGCUGUUAGACACACAUGAAAAUAUACUAAAGUAAUCUAUAGUACAUACUACAGUGUUUGUUUAACCACACUGACACCUCCAAUAGAGAUGUUGCACAAUAAGCUAAAAUGUUGCUAGAAUUGUUUAUGUAUGGGCGAUUAUAUAUCGCGUCCCCAAAAAGGAUUGAGGUCAUGUCCAUGUGUUGCUUGAUAAGUCCAUAUAUUGAUUAUUGUGACAGGCCGAGGUUAAACAGUGUACUAAAUGUCUGCUCAUGUAUUGACAUUAUGGGUUUAAGAUAUUAUAGUAUUUAAUUAGCCUCUCUCUUUUUUUUUUUUUUUAAGAUUUGUGUCUACUAAUGUGGGUUGUGUGCCAUUAUUAGCAUUGUGUCAUUUGCAAAUAUUUACAAUAAAAGUGCCUCUUUGAUGGCGA